AUGACUGGAAGGCGGGAUGAUGAUGGGGAUGAUGCUCGGCCGGACAAGGACGGCCAAGAAGCUUCAUUUGCAGCCGCUGUGGACUGCCAAACGGACUGGGACCUCGACCAGGAGGAGAAGGCAAGACAGAUUGCCGAAGAGGAUCUCAAUCGCGGGAAGAAACAGUCGUUCUCCGGCAAGGUUCUCCUUUGGCUUGCGUGGCAGAGCACUGGCGUCAUCUAUGGUGACAUCGGUACGAGCCCUCUCUACGUCUACAGCUCCACGUUCUCAUCCCAGCCCUCGCGGGAUGAUCUCGUCGGUGCUCUGUCGAUUAUCAUCUGGUCCCUCACCCUCAUCGUCACCGUCAAGUACUGCUUCAUCGUCCUGAACGCCGACGACGAUGGGCAAGGCGGCACCUUCGCGCUCUACUCCCUGCUGAGCAGAUACGCUAAUAUCGUGUAUCGCGACCCCAAUACCCCGGGUCUGAUUCACCUCGACCGCCACCUUACUAACGACAUGAAGCCCGUUGGUAAGUCGGUGCGGGGCUUCAUAGAGAACAGCUCCGCGGCGAAAUUCGCACUCAAGGCCAUUGGAGUUCUUGGUGUGUCAAUGGUGCUCGCAGAUGGUGUGCUUACCCCUGCCCAGUCAGUUCUCGGCGCGAUCCAGGGCAUCAAGGUAGCGAAUGCCGACUUAGGCACUUCCGAAGUCGUUGGAAUAUCCUGUGCUAUUCUGAUUGUCCUUUUCGCCGUGCAACCUUUCGGCACAUCAAGACUCGGCACCUCCUUUGCGCCAGUCGUUGUUGUCUGGCUGCUGUUCAACCUGUGCAGUGGUAUCUACAACUUGGCGAUGCACGACUAUACCGUUCUCAGAGCUUUUAGUCCACACUACGCCUUCGCCUACUUGAUACGUAAUGGAUCCGAGGGCUGGAAGUCUCUUGGUGGCCUCCUCCUGGCCUUCACUGGCGUCGAGGCUCUUUUCGCGGACCUCGGCGCCUUCGGCAAACGAGCCAUCCAGCUAUCAUGGCUGUGCCUGGCGUACCCGUGCUUGGUCUUCGCUUAUAUUGGGCAGGCGGCUUUUAUUUCGACUGACGAGUCUGAAACCGCGUACACCAACCCUUUCUUCUACACCGUGCCUCCAGGAAGCUUCUAUUUCGGCAUGGUGAUUUCGGUCCUGGCUGCUAUCGUGGCAAGCCAGGCCAUGAUUACCAGUACGUUCCAGCUGCUCUCCCAGGUUAUGCGCUUGAGUUAUUUCCCGCAUAUCAAGACCGUCCAUACCAGCCGCAAGUUCCACGAGCAGGUAUACAUGCCCUUGGCUAACUGGCUACUAAUGAUCGGCACGGUCAUCGUCACUGCCGUUUACAAUAACACCACUAGUCUCGGCAAUGCGUACGGUGUCUGCGUCAUCAUCGUCACCAUGAUCACCACAUGCAUAGUGUCCCUCGUCGCAAUAAUCAUCUGGAAAACACCAUCCUUUAUCGUGCUCCCUCUCUUCCUUGUCUUCGCCGCUCUCGACGGGGCCUACAUGUCGUCAGCGCUCCGGAAAGUCCCACAUGGCGCUUGGUUCACUCUCCUUCUCGCUUUCAUCCUCUCCAGCAUCUUCAUCCUCUGGCGCUGGGGCAAGGAGCAGCAGUGGACUGCCGAAGCAAAGGACCGCAUCGCCCCAUCGGAGCUUCUGCAGCUGUCCCCUACUCGGUCAACCUCCAUCGGUGAUGGACAAAGGGAGGGCGGUCCGCAAUUGACGCUUAUGUUAAAGCCCGCUUUUGGUGGUGGAAAAAUAUCCGCCGCCUCCGGCCUCGGCAUCUUCUUCGAUAAAGUGGGCAGCGGCGACAAUGCAAUCCCCAGGGUGUUCACACAAUUCAUCCGCAAGUUCAAGGCGCGCCCCGGCGUCAUUGUCUUCUUCCACAUGCGCCCCCUGCCCCAACCCACAGUUCCGCCGGAGCAGCGCUUCGUAAUCACUCGAGUGCAGCAGAUCCCGUCAGCGUACCGUUUGGUCCUACGCCACGGCUAUAUGGAUGAUGUGCUCACGCCUGACCUAGGGCGCAUCAUCACGAAUGAAGUUUCUAUUUUCAUCACCCGCGGCAUUGCAGUCGACAACAGCUCUGUCUCUCCGGGUCUGCGGCCUGCAGCGCAUGAGGAGCUGAAAGCCUUGAAUGAUGCGCAAGAUGCUCAGAUAGUGUACGUCAUGGGCAAGCAGGUAAUGCGGGUACGCCAGGACAACGGGAAUAUCAUCCGCCGCCUAGCAAGAGUCAUCGGGCUCGAGACAUUCCUAUGGAUCCGUGAGAACUCGAGGACUAAACUUGCGGACUUGGAUAUUGACUACAAUAACUUGGUGGAGGUGGGGUUUGUGAAGGAAAUAUGA